AUGGUAGACAGUGUGUACCGGACCCGUUCCCUCGGUGUGGCGGCCGAGGGGCUCCCAGAUCAGUAUGCCGAUGGGGAGGCAGCCCGGGUCUGGCAGUUGUACAUAGGCGAUACCCGAAGCCGAACAGCUGAGUACAAGGCCUGGCUCCUGGGGCUGCUGCACCAACACGGCUGCCAACAUGUGCUUGACGUGGCUUGUGGCACGGGGGUGGACUCCAUCAUGCUAGUGGAAGAGGGCUUCAAAGUGACCAGUGUGGAUGCCAGUGAUAAGAUGCUCAAGUAUGCCCUGAAAGAACGAUGGAACCGUCGUCAUGAGGAAGCCUUUGACAAGUGGGUCAUUGAAGAAGCCAACUGGUUGACCCUGGACAAGGAUGUGCCUCUGCCAGCGAGGGGUGGCUUUGAUGCUGUUAUCUGCCUAGGUAACAGUUUUGCCCACUUGCCAGACUGCAAAGGGGACCAGAGUGAGCAUAAGCUGGCCCUGAAAAACAUUGCAGGCAUGGUGAGGCCCGGAGGCUUGCUGGUUAUUGACCACCGAAACUAUGAUUACAUCCUCAGCACUGGCUGUGCCCCACCUGGCAAAAACAUAUACUAUAAGAGUGACCUGACUAAGGACAUCACUACGUCAGUGCUGACUGUGAACAACAAGGCUCACAUGGUAACCCUGGAUUAUACUGUACAAGUACCUGGUGCUGGGCAGGAUGGCACCCAUGGCUUUAGUAAGUUCCGGCUCUCCUACUACCCUCACUGCCUGAUGCCUUUCACAGAACUUCUGCAAGAAGCUUUCCAGGGGCAGUGCCAGCACAGUGUCCUUGGAGACUUCAAACCUUAUAGGCCUGGCCAGUCCUCAGCCCCUUGCUAUUUUAUCCAUGUGCUCAAGAAGACCGGCUGAACCACCACCAAAACACUUCAUACCACCAUAGUCCUUCCAAUAAAUAGAAUUGGCUUCAAAGACA